GCGCUCGCUUGUCACCGAAUGUCAGUGCUGAAAUUGCCAGACCAGUGAUUCUGCUGUGAUGCACGAGUUUUUGGACUGAAAUCGCGAGCGAAUCGAUCUCAUGAUUUCCACCGAGUGAGACUGAAAAGAGCAGCAGCAGCAGCAGAAAAAGAUGUCUUACCUGAUCGACCGACAGUCGUUCUUCCAAAAGUCGGUGCUGCACCUCGCAAGGUCUCUGGCCGCAAUAAAACCUUCGCCCUGGGAAAAGGUGAAAAGGUUGUUCCAGUUGUGCCCCCAGGAGACGCAGCAGGGCAUCUACAGAAUCGAGCAACGGGGCCAGGAUGCGGUCAUCGCACUCGGGGUCUACGUCCUCGAGUCGGGGCUGCAGCACAAGGACAAGAUCUUGCCCUACUUGCUGAAGCUCCUCAAAGCACUGGCGAAAGCAAUUUGGCUCGAUGAAGUCAAAUACGUUAGAUCAGAAAAAAUUCCCGUUGCCGAGAGAUUCAGUUUUGUGCUGAACACGAUUCUGAGCGACAUCGCUUCCCGAGACGAAGAUUCGCGAGCCGAAAUUAUCAGCGCCCAGAUCGAGUUCUUCGGCGUGUUGGUCAACCUGAGCCGGUCCUACAAAGACCAGAGAAGUCCCAGAGGCUCCACUGCGCGCUUGACCUUGUGCAAAGCGACCAUCCCGGUGUUGAUGGGCAUGGCACGCGCGAUGGGCCGCUUCGGCGACCCCAACGACACACCCCUCAUCUCGAGAAUCUUCCCUCUCACCCCGCCCAUGCCUCCGGAGCAGAGGGCCAAGUGCGACAGCGAAACAAACAGCAGCAAGACGAGGAAUUUCGCGCAGUUCCGAACCAUCAUUCCGAGAUCUCUGUCGGGAAACAUGCUGGCUCAGGAGAACCAAGACAUUCCAGACUCUUCGUUUUCCAAGUUCUCGUCUUUAAGCAAGACAGAAUCAAACUUUGAUCCCACCACGUAUUUCUUCACCAAGAUCGGAUCGAGUUUCACCCAACUGCCAAACUCGACAAGCUUCUACUCAAUCAUCCACCUUCAGAGUGUUCUGGCGCUUGCCAAGAAGAUUUUAACCAAGGACAUUCUAGCUUUCAUAGACGAGCAAGCCGCCGAGGUUUAUCUCGCCGGCCACGCCAAGGUGUUCCCUUACAAAAGUCUCAGCCAGGCACUCACGCUGGCCGUCGUCACGCUCCUCCGAGAGUUGCUCAAACCCCAAAUCGAUCUUCCCGUGCCAUUCACGAAGGACGUUCAGGAGUUUGUAAAAGAACUGUUCCUCUCCGGACAGACGGAGUUGCAAAACCGGCAGCAUGACGCAGCCUCGAAGGACGACUCGAAAGAGUCCGCGCCCAUCGUCAACACGUUCAAAGUGAACGUGAUGGCCAACUCUGCGUGUGUCGAUCUUCUGGUCUGGGCGGUCGCCAGCGAGCAAGAGGCGGACAGCUUGUGCAGCCGGCUCACGGAAAAAAUCAACCUGAACCAAAACUACAAGGUUCUGCUGGCGCACAUGCCGCUGCUGAUGGUUUGCUUGGAGGGGCUGGGAAAAUUGGCCCAAAGGUUUCCCAGCAUCGCCAGCACGUGCAUUAGCUCUCUCAGGGAAUUUCUGGUCACGCCCUCUCCAAUUCUGUCCAAACUGCGUUUGCAGCACCAAACUCUCAUUUGCGCGAAAAAGUUCAACGUUUCCCUAUAUGUGUGUACAGUGGACGGCAAGAACCUGGCGCACCACACAGCCACGCAGGUUGCUUACGAGGAGCUGCGGGACACGGCCAUCGAGAACCUUUGCUUCGCGCUGCAGGCGUGCAUCACCGUCGACAUCAACUGCGUCAAAGCGCUCGUGGCUUCCGUCUCCAACAGGCUGUUCACCGCGGAAAAGUCUGACAACGAGUCGUCUCUGAUCAGCACCAACAUUGUCACCAUGCUCGGCCACGUGGCCGUUUCCCUGAAGGACACGCCGAAAACCACGGAAACCAUUUUGCAGUUCUUCCAGCAACGCUUCUGCCGAACGCCGUCCAACCUGGAUGUGUUGAUCGUCGACCAGCUCGGCUGCAUGAUCAUCGCCAAGUGCGAGCCCGCGAUCUACGAGGAAAUCAUGAAAAUGUUCACGAUGGUGACUGUCGAGGCGAGCAGCACAACUUACGCGGCGAAUGGAGAGGAGAGGAAGAUUCAGUACAAACACGUGUCCGGAGCCGUGAUCAAUGUUCUGGCCAACAUUGCAGCAAGUCUGCAAGGCGACGCGGAAAUGCACGAGUUGUUGGGCCGGCUGCUCGAAUUGUUUGUCCAGUUAGGCUUAGAAGGGAAGAGAGCCUCCGAGAAACAUCCUGGUGCUCUCAAGGCGUCGAGCAGCGCUGGAAAUCUGGGAAUGCUUAUUCCCGUCAUCGCUGUCCUUGUCAGAAGACUGCAGCCCAUUCGGCAGCCGAAACCGCGACUUCUCAAAUUGUUCAAGGACUUUUGGCUCUACUGUGUUCUCAUGGGCUUCACGGCCGCAGAUUCAGGUCUGUGGCCUUCAGAGUGGUACGACGGCGUCAAAGAAAUCGCGGUAAAAUCUCCGCAGCUCGUUUCUCAGACCUCUUCAAGAUCAGAAAUGCGAGGCCUCCAGUACACCUCGGCCGUGCGAACGGACAGCGUUUCAGGUAACGAGCUGCAGGAAUUAAAACUGCAGGUGCUGAACCUGCUGGAGCACCCGCAGGAGGUGACGCCGUUCAUCAACAAGUUCCCGUUUCCCGAGUGCACCUACCUGCUCUCUGUCUACUGGCUCGAGUCGCUCAGGGUGAAAAACUCGCCCAAGCCGUCGCUGGAGAUGAUGUUCGACUACCUGAACGACUCGGCCAUCCUGCAGGACAAGGGUGGCAUGUGGUCGUGCAUCUGCAGCGUCAGCGACAGGGUGUUCGCGGCGCUGCUCGACGUCAUGUCCGAGCGACCGCACGACGAGGCCAGGGAGCAGGAGCUGGAGCGCCACGCCCAGCUGCUGCUGGUCGGCUUCAACCACCCGCUCAAGAACAUUCGCAGGGUGGCCGACAAGUUCCUCUCGGGUCUGGUCGACCGCUUCCCGCACCUGCUGUGGAACUGCCGCAUCCUCUGGAGCAUGCUGGACACGCUGACCGUCUUGGCGUCUGCCCUCGUACUCGACCCCAACCAGGAAGACGCGCCCUCCUUCCUCGACGUUCCGAACACUCCCUACAAGAUCAGACUCGUUGACACGCAAGAAGGAAGAGUCAGCAUAGUCGACGACUUUGCGGAGCGUUGCAAGGGCGUGCUGCAAGAGGCGUUGCGUUGGGCCCCUCACGUGACUCGGUCGCACCUGCAAGACUACUUAAAUCUGGCCCCUUCGAGAAACAUUAAAGGCACCGUGAGCUCCAACGGGCAAAACGCCCAGGCUGGCGUUGCCCUCGCGACGGAAUGCAUGAUGAAGUACACUAGUCAACUGCCACCAAACCAAACUGGUGCUAUGGUGCAGGACAGGACCGUGGCAGGCGGUCGAGCCGAGCUCUCUCGAAUGAUGGCGUCUCUUUCUCUGAGAAGCAGAUCUGCCGGAGAGGUUGCAGGCUUGGUGGCCGGUCUGCAAGACCACGGCGAGAGCGGAGCUUACGAGAGACUGGCAGACGUUUUGGUCUUUAAAUUGUGGGACGCGUGCAAAAGGAAAAGCGACUCGGAACACGCAACCUGCCUGUGGAGGUCGACAGCUCUGCUCAUUUGCUCUCCCGGCGUCUACAGACCUUUGCUUCAUGCCGUCGCCUGGUCACAAGUCGAGCUUUUCACAGAGCAGGCGGUGAUAACCGCAGUCGAUUGCUGGAGGUGGUUACUCACCGCCAGGGCUGACCUCGAAGCGUCUUUCCUGCAAGAAAUGCUGGCUGCCUGGCAGAGUACGUUUGAGAAGAGAUUGGGUCUGUUCGCCGUGGACCACGAGGGCGUCAGUCCUCUCGCUGCCUACGAAGAGUGCGUGUUGACGCCGGACCCUCCCCUUUUGCAACCGCACAACAUCUGGGUGCAGUUUCUGGCCGAACUGAUCGAAACCGCCAAGUACUGCAGCCAGGACCAGGUGGAAAUGCUGUCCAUGGUGUUGCACCAGUCGCUGCCGCUCACCGUCGGCGCGAGAAGCGAGCACCUGACGCGGCACGUCGCUGCUGUCGGAGUGCGCUUCAGGUUGCUGCUGUGCGCACUGUCUCUGCUGCAAGGGGACGGCCUGCCGAGGGGCUGCCUCAGCAAGAACGUGCUGCGCGAACGCAUCUACUGCACCACUCUGGACUACUUCUGCUGCACACCGGGCACGCCCACUCAGCAGGGCGCAGCCCUGAAGGAGGACAUCAGCGUCGUGGUUAGAUUCUGGACCAACAUGCACGCCGAGAAGAAGUAUUUGAAGGGCACCUCUGGAGACCAGCUGCUGUCGACGAUGAGCAACUCCAUUUCGGCCAUGCAGCAAGACGCGCAAUCCAUUUCAGGCCUGAUGCCUUCGAUUUUGGGAGACAGAAGCAGUUUGUCCGGCGACCUGGCCAAACCGGUGACCGGCUGGAUGAACACGGUCCCGCUUUCUUCCUCGACGAACACCCUUUCGAAGAAAUCGGUCAGGAGCAAGCAAGCAGGUCCGGCCGGAACAGGCAUGAAGGACUACAUCAAGAGGAGAAACCUUAUUUUGGACCUUUUGGCCAUCGAAAUCGAGAACCUGACGACGUGGCGCAACCCUCUGGCCUCGGAGCAGUCGCAGCCGGGCGAGUCCAACAUCCAGACUUGGCUGUCGAAACCGAUGAAGGGCCUGACCGAGACCGCGCGGCUCGCGUGGGACGUCAGUCCGACCCUGGCCGUCUUCCUGCCGUCCAGACUGCGCCACAACGAGACGGUGGUGCUCGAGGUGAGUCGGCAGGUGCGCUUCAAGCCCGCCAUCGUGGCCCACAUCGCCGAGGGGCUGCAGUACUUGGUCAACACCGAGUCGCUCAUCAACGACGCCCACGAACUCGUGCACACGCUCACCUGGGCGCGCGUCUCGCCGGUGGCGGCGUUGGCCUUCUUCUCCAGGCAGUAUCCGCCGCACCCGAUCACGGCCCAGUACGCCGUCCGGGUGCUCAGCAGCUACCCGCCGGACGCUGUGCUCUUCUACAUUCCCCAACUCGUGCAGGCAGUCCGGCACGACACGAUGGGGUACGUGACCGAAUUUAUCAAGUACAUUGGAAAGAAAUCGCAAGUUGUUGCCCAUCAAAUGAUUUGGAACAUGAACACCAACAAGUAUUUAGACGAGGAGGGACACAACAAGGAUCCUGCGCUGUACGACACGUUGGAGGUGCUGACAAAGAACAUUGUCUCCACCUUAUCUGGUCCCGCGAAGCAGUUUUACGAGAGAGAAUUCGACUUCUUUGGCAAAGUGACCGGGGUGUCUGGAGAUAUCAGACACUUCCCCAAAGGUCCAGAGCGCAAACAGGCUUGCUUGGAUUGUUUGAAGAAAAUCAAAGUGCAACCUGGGUGUUAUUUGCCGUCAAAUCCCGAGGCCAUGGUGCUCGACAUUGACUACAACAGCGGCACACCUAUGCAGAGUGCGGCGAAAGCUCCGUUCUUGGCUCGCUUCAAGGUGCGGCGCUGUGGAAUUGCCGAGCUGGAGCAGCUGGCCAUGAAUGUGUCCAAGCACGGCGCCAUCAACGCGAAUCCGUCGUCGUUAGCCAACGAAUCAUGGCAGGCUGCGAUUUUCAAGGUCGGCGAUGACGUGCGGCAAGACAUGCUCGCGCUGCAGGUGAUUGGCAUUUUCAAAAACAUCUUCCAGAAGGUGGGACUGGAUCUGUACCUGUUCCCUUACAGAGUGGUCGCCACCUCACCAGGGUGCGGGGUGAUCGAAUGUGUUCCGAACGCAAAGUCGAGAGACCAGCUGGGCAGACAGACUGAUUUUGGAAUGUACGAGUACUUCAUCAAGAAAUACGGCGAGAACACUCUUGAGUUCCAGACCGCCCGACGGAACUUCAUCACCUCGAUGGCUGCGUACAGUGUGGUCGGAUUUCUGCUGCAAAUCAAAGACAGGCACAACGGAAACAUCAUGCUGGACAACGAAGGCCACAUUAUCCACAUUGACUUUGGAUUCAUGUUUGAGAGCUCUCCAGGCGGCAAUCUAGGAUUUGAGCCAGAUAUUAAACUGACGGACGAGAUGGUGAUGAUCAUGGGCGGCAAAAUGGAAGCUGUUCCUUUCAAGUGGUUCAUGGAGCUUUGCGUCAAGGCUUACCUCGCUGUUCGCCCAUACCAAGAGGCGAUCAUCUCUCUGGUCUCCCUGAUGCUGGACACCGGCCUGCCUUGCUUCCGCGGACAAACGAUCAAGCUGCUGCGAGCCCGAUUCCAGCCAAACGCGUCAGAACGCGAGGCGUCCGCCUACAUGAUGUCCGUCAUCAGGAGCUCGUGUCUCAACUUCAGGACCAAGACCUAUGACAUGAUUCAGUACUACCAGAAUCAAAUUCCGUAUUAAAUCUCUCUCUCUCUCUUUCUAAUUUUGUGAUAACGUUCUCCUACCCACGCAAUCCUUUCUUUCCAAGGGGCCACGACGUGUCAGAAUUUCACUUGUAACGCUUCCUAUUACUUUGAAGAGUGUUUAGCAAUGUUAGCUGUACAGCAACAGCAAUAAUAAAUUAUAUAUGUAUAUCUCUCGUUAAUGUAACCAUAUCAAUGUGCAUAGCAGAUUUAAAACUGUUGCUAGUUGUUCCUGUAAUCGACAUUCCUUUUGCUCGUUAGAUUGCGCUGUUAAAAUAUUUUCCGAGUCUUUGUUCAUUGACUAAAAAUAAUAAACUAUUGAUGUUAAACAAA